AUGAAGUUGAACGAAAACGAGUGCAUCCUUACUCCGCGCAUGCUCCUGGUGCCAUACUGCUCGCAUCAUGUCCUAACCUACCACCAAUGGAUGCAAGAUGAAGAACUACAAAAGCUCACAGCAUCCGAGCCUCUUAAGCUGCCAGAAGAAUACUCGAUGCAAGAGUCUUGGCGACAAGAUGCCGAUAAAUUAACAUUUAUCAUCUGCACCGCACCAGAACGCUCCGAAUGGGCUGAGAAGAAGCAAGUUAUACCUGGACAGCAAGAUGCGCCUGAGUGCAUGAUUGGAGAUGUAAAUCUCUUCUUGUAUCCCUACGACAACGAUGAUGAUGAAGAUAAUGUACAGGAUGAAGAGAAGCAAAAUAACGAAGACCUGGUAGUCGGUGAACUAGAAAUUAUGAUCGCCGAACCAUCAGCUCGAGGAAAAGGCCUCGCACACGAAGCACUCCAGGCGUUCAUGUGGUACAUUUCCUCCUCCCUACCCGCUCUCCUCGCAGAAUACGCACAACAAGACAAGCAAAGAAGAACAAGCUUGCGCUACCUACGCGUUAAAAUCGACAAAGACAACAAGCGCAGCCUGGCGCUGUUUGAGAAACUAGGGUUCAAGCAUAGUACGGGGCCCAAUUACUUUGGAGAAAUGGAAUUGCGAGCAAAUAUGCUAGAUGGGAAUGUCAAUAUGGAGAAUGUCGAGAAACUCGCAUAUGGCUCCUCAUAA